AUGACAUGCGGCCAUAUAAACCCUGAUUUGGCCGAUACGGUUUUGAUCAAAUACGACGAGUCUAUUAAUGAAGCUCUGAGCAAGCGAGUUACGGCCAAGGUUAACUUCAGGGCCGACAAAUUGAUGAACUACAGACACUGUGACAAUGUGUGGACCUUGAUCCUAAAGGAUGUGGAGUUUCGCGAAGGUCCGAUGGUCCUAAAAGUGGAUUCGGUCAAAGUUGUGGCCUGCAUAGGACUAACUGAUUAA